GGUUUUCUUCUUCACAAAGUAUUUAUAAUUCACCAUAUUAUUUAUCUUUGUGAUUCAAAAUUAAAAAUUCAUCUUGUAUCUCUUAGUUUCUUUAAUUUUUGGCAUUUCAAAACAUUUUCUUGAUUUCUUAAAUACUUUCUUGAUUUCAAAACAUUUUCUUGAGUUAUAAAAUAUUUUGUUGAUUUCAAGAAUGGAAGCAAACAAUGGAAAUUUAUUCCAAAAUCAGGGACAAGUUAUGAGCAAGACAAAAGUUGGAAAACCCCCAACAAGAUUACAAAAAAGAGCUCCAACAACUCUUCAAGUUAAUUAUAGCACAAGUUACCCACUUUUGCCCUCUUCCGGUUCGCCGCAUACUCCGAUCCCGCUUCUAUCACCGCUUGUUGUAUCGCCACAGCCGUUGUCAGAGGCCGAGGAAUUUCGGUUUCCGAUAAUGGGAGGUGACAGCAAGAAAGUUGCACCGGCCGUCCUUCCCGGAGGAGAAUGGCAUCAUCCAGCAGUGGCUAAUGGAUACAUUGAGCCUUCAUCUUUGUUUAAUAUUUUUCAGUCUAAAUGUGUGCUUGUUAAUCAUGCAAAGUGAGGUUUUUUGUUUUUUGAUUAUUACAUUUUUAACCUCAUGGCAGGUUCAUUUUUGUCAAUAAUUGUCUUGAAUUUUGAUGAUUUAUUGGGAAUUUUUCUUUUGCAUAUCAUAAGUAUUUUACUCAUCAAGAUUUGAUUUCUUGAUCCUGUUUUGUUUUUAAUAUAGUGAGUACUCCCUUUGUGGGAUUAAGGAUUUAAAUUCAAUGUCUUAUACUGUAUUUUGUGAGACUUAUUUGUAAAUGAAUACAAUUAUAUUUAAUUUA